AACAAACCAUUGCCGCGACGUCUUCACUUUCAAUGCUUCCAAAGGUGCAGUUUGGGAAAUAAUUGAGAGGAGUUGUCAGCAGCCUGAGACAGCAAACCGCGUUCACUCAUUUGGGAAUGAGUGUGUGAGAGUGUCGAAGCAGCAGUAAUGGCAUCAGGGGGAGAAAGCAGCGCUCCUGCAGAGGACGAGGGGGGUGUCCCACUGGACAUUGAUGAUGUACACUUACUCUUACAAGUGGAACAGGAACAGAUUCAGAAGAGGACAUUCACAAACUGGAUCAAUGCACAGCUCUCCAAGAGGAGCCAUCCAGCUGUUGUCCAGGAUCUGUUCUCAGAUCUCGGAGAUGGGACUCGACUGCUUGACCUACUGGAGGUGAUGAGUGGCCAGCGCAUGAAGCGCGAGCGGGGUCGUGGUGUGUUUCAGCACAGAGGCAACAUCGAGACCGCUUUGAACUUCUUGAAGAAUAAAUCCAUCAAGCUGGUGAACAUAAACAUCCCAGACAUCAUAGAGGGGAAACCUUCCAUCAUUCUGGGCUUGAUAUGGACCAUCAUUCUGCACUGUCAUAUAGAGGAGCUGGCCAGCAGUCUCUCUUAUGGAUCCCGUUCAUCCUCCCUGGACUCUCUGUCCAGUCUGGACUCUGUUCCUGGAUCUCCAAGCAGUAGUCCUGUUCCUCGAGGAACAUCACCGCUCCACAAUCGCUUCCGUCUGUCUGCUAAGAAGACUUUGCUGCUGUGGGUUCGGGAACAGUGCCAGAAAGCUGGUUGCUCAGCCAGUGUGAGGGACUUUAAGUCCAGCUGGAGGAGUGGUGAGGUGUUUCUGGCCAUCCUCUGCUCCCUUAGACCUGAUCUGGUGGACCUCUCUCAAGUCCAGACCAGCAGCCACCGGGAAAACCUGGAGAGGGCAUUUCACCUCGCUGAGAAGGAGCUUGGAAUUCCCAGACUGCUCGAGCCAGAAGACAUUGAUGUCACUAACCCUGAUGAGAAGUCUAUCAUGACAUACAUUGCUCAGUUCCUGCAGUACUCCAAUGAUCUGCCCAUAGCUGAUGAUGAUUUUGAGGCUUCACCCAGUCAGAAAGCCAGAGAGAUGAAAUGCUGGCUAGAGCGAGCCUAUCAGGAGUUACUGGAGGCGUGGAAUUCCACAGAGGGGAAGGGAUAUGCAGAGAGGUAUCAGGCAUUUCAGAACUUUGUGGGGACUUAUUAUGACCAACGACGUCCAGUUAUUCCACUUCUCAGUGCAAUGAGACGCUGCACUAAACCAAGUGAGGAGCAGAUGGCACUGAGAAAAGCAUGGGACACCAUGGAGGAGAGGUUGCAAGAGUAUAGCACAGAGCUUGAUGUUGGUUUGCCAGCCCCUCUGAACACACUGGGCCGGUGGCUACAGCAAAUGGAGGAUGUGCUAUCUGAAGACAGCGGGAACGCUGAAGAUCACGCACUUGCUUCCAGAGACGCCAGACACAAGCAUGACCAACUGAAGGUCUUGCUUGAGGACUUAAGCCAGCACUUGAACACCCUUCAUCACUACCAGAUCACAGAUGAUGAAGUGCCAGUCGAGAAGCUGGAGGAGAUCAAGAGACGUUUCACCAAUGCCAGAGUGACAGCCAAGUACCACGGCAUCAAGCUACAAUACAGAGAGCAGAUGCACCAUGUUUAUGACCUGCUGGGACAUCUGAAGUCUAAGCUGAGCUUGUGGAGAGGGCCUUACGGCUCCCAGGAGUCUGUUCAGUCUCUGCUACAAGAUUGGCACGACACUGUUGACAAGCAAGGUCUGGUGUGGAAGUUGAAGGAAGCACUUAAUAAGCUGAAGGACACAGCAGUCAGCUAUACCAGCAAAGCAGCUCUGGCCGACGACUCACCUGUGGUUAACAGGCUGGUAAAAGAGGCCGAUAGUGAGACGGGAGUCAGUGCAGAAGCUGCAGAAGCAGUAAGAUCCACCAUGGAACGUGUUCUGGCUGCAUGGGAGUCCUACAAAGACUGCCUGUGUCUAUUACAGGUCUGGCUGGGCCAGGAGAAACAGUCAGAGGCUCAAGAGCACAGGCAUUUUUCCUCCAGCCUGAAUGAGUGGAGAUUGCGUCAAGCCCAGCUGAACGAGGUGGGAAACUUUCUCAUUGAUAUGAGUGACGCCUCCACCAGCCACUCUCUGACCGAAGAGCUCCGCAAACUUAACAUGCAGUGGGCUGACUUCAUAAAAAGGACCAAGUUUGCAGUGGCCCCUCAGCCCAUAUCUGCAGUCCCAGGUGUCCAAGCUUCCCUGAUGCAGGAAGCCAGCUGGGUGCUCAAAGAGACAGUUGUGGUGUUAUCUGGACCUCUACGUAUUUACAGAAAGAAACUCCAGGGCAUAACCAAGAAGAUGUCUGAGUUCAAGCUGAACUCUUUGUCCCCAUCUCCAGACUGCAAAGAUGAAACUCUUCAGAAAUUCAUACAAACUCUUCCGGAGACACUUGAGACUUUGACGCGGGUGGAUCAGGUGUGUGAGAGACUCCAGAAAGCCGCAUCUCUGCUCGAGGGCAGGCUGGCUGAGCUUGAAAACUGGAGCAAUGAAGCCCAAGAGGUCUGCCACCACCUAAAAGAAAGGCAGCACAGGGGCCACCAGGGCCCACAUCCCAGGGCUAAAGCACUGAUCUCCAGAGGUCUACAGUUGGAAGGACAGGUGGUGACAGAAGGUGAGGACCUGCAGGUGCUGGUGACAUCGGUGCAAAAGAAUUCCUCCCUUCCUUACCUCAACACAAUGGCAAUACAAGACCAACUGAAACGGACUGUCUCACACUGUCAGGAGGUUACUGAGAUGCUCAGUUCUCAUGGAAUGAAGCGUGAAGGACAGCCUGUCGGACUGCAGCCUGCUUCCAAGGUUUUUGUGCAGGCACAUUGUCAGCCUGAAUCCCAAACUAGAAUCAUUCAGCACCAUCAGGAUCAGACAUUCUUCCAAAUCAGCAAAUGUUCUCUAGAGAGUCCAGUAGAACAUCAAAACCAAGAACUCCAUUCUUCUCAGCUGCAGCCACAAUUGGAAACCACCAGUGGCAUACAGCCCCAGUUUCUCCCCCAGAUUCAUGAAAAAUCUCCAAAAGCCCAAAGCAAAACUGUAUGCCAAAUACAGUAUGCAGAGCUCAAACAGCCUUUGAUGACUUCUGUUGUUAGCAGGAACGUUCAGUUGAAACCCCAAACUGAGGUUCAACUGAUCUCUGUAGACUCAAGUCUAACCAAUCGCUUUGGACAAUCAGACCUUCAAGCUGCCUUAGUAAACUCAAGCCAAAACAGUGGCUUUGGACCUUUACAGGUUAUCUCUGUAGACCCAAACCAAUCCAGUGACUUUGGGCCAUCAGAGCAACAGGUUGUUUCUGCCAACUCAAGCCAAACCAGUGGUUUUAGACCAUUAGACUCUUUCCAGAUUAUAUCUGUAGACUCAGGCGAAACCCGAGGCUUUGGACCAUCAGACCUUCAGGUUAUCUCUUUGGACUCAAGCCAAAGCAGUGGCAUUGAACAUUCAAACCCUCUACAGUCUUUCUCUUCAACUGUGUCGAGCUCAAGCAUGUUGCUUACAUCGGUUAAUAUGACUCAACUAAGAAUGCCAGUCACGCAGCACCUUGAUUCACCAUCAAAUUGGCAACCACAAACCUCCUUGGUUACCCCACACCAAAGACAAAAGGUUCUGGUCAAAAGUCACAGUUUUCCAAAACCCUAUGAGCCAUCACAAACUCUCCCUGUUACCACGCUUGCAUCCUCCCCAAGUACUUUGCAUACACCGGUAACAGUAACUCAACAAAGAUCUCCAGUCGAACAGAACCUUGGUUCUCCACCGAAAAGGCAACCUCAGACCUCUGUGACAACCCAACACCAAAGACAAAGGGUUCUAUCCAAGAGUCGCAGCUUUCCACAGCCAUCAGAGGCUCCAGGUGUUCCCCAUGUCCCAAUACAGAAUGAGGUGUAUGCCAGAGCUCAGGCUUUGGCCAGGAGCAGACUGGAUAAAGCAAAACAACACCUGGAUGAACACAUACGGGAUGUCAUCACAGUGAUCAGCACCAGAGACAGAUCUAAAAAACAAGCCAAGAAAAAACAGUCCGUGUCACGUCUUCUCAGGCCUUUAGUGUUAGAGGUGUUUCUAGAAGCUGUGAAGGGAAUGGGUGAUUUCUGCUCCGAUGCCCAGCUCAGAGACAUGGACCUCCUCUCUCAGUCAGUCAGAGCCCAAUGGGAGGUAUGUGCCACAGCAGCCGAGCCUUCAGUGCAUCUGGAAGCCUUAAGAAGAAUUUCGGAGAGUCUGCAGCCCACAGAGAGUGUUCUUCCCAGCUCCACCCAUCAGAGAACCGACACAGAGAGGGCAGAGAACGUUCAAUGCCACACACACUCCACAAGUGACUUUGCACCAUGUCAGGAUGGCAGGGGGGUAGCAGACCUGAGCCAUGUCCACUCACAGGCUGUUGUCCAGACCAACAUCGUGGAGAUAAAACAGAUACCAGAGAGGACCGUCAUCCAUCCGUGUUCAAAACAGGAAACUCUGAGCGGCUACAGUGCUGCACAGUCAGUUCUCCAGCAGCAACUGCUUAACAACAGUCAGCAGCUGGAAUCAGAGUUUCCCAUCAGCCCCGGCAGCAAUGCCAAUAUCUCUGCUGACUCAUUGAGGACUCAACUCCAGAACAUACUGGCUCUUAAGGACCGGACGGAGGCUCUGUGGCGUGAGUUUGAGCUUCAGUGUUCACAGAGCUCUCAGCACAUGGAAGAUGGCUGUAAAAUGGAGCAGGAGAGAGCUCAGCUCGUUCAACAGUGGAGGGAACAACAGAUGUGCGUUCAGGCCAGGGUAAAGUCCCUUGAAACUGCGGCAGAGCUGCUGGAGUCAGCGGAUAUUCAGAUUGGACUGAUUUCUGAUCAGAUCAAACAGAUCAGUCAAAAACCUCUAAAUAUCAGAAACUUUGCCAUUGCUGAUCCCAAAAAUCUACAUGAAGAACUAAAGCUUUUAGAUAAAAGUAUCGAGAAAGAGCUGUUUCUGCUUGAUAAGAGUGGUGGUUCACUUAGUGACGCUGCUGAUCUGAGUCACAUUGAGCUCCAAGCUCAUCUUCCCCUUCAGCAAAAUCUCCAUGACCGCACAAAGUGCUUUGACCAGCAAAGACAAUGUCUGAGGAAGAGUGAAUCGGCCCUGAUGGGCCUCAUGAACCUCUUAUCACAUCUCCAGCAGGUGAAUGCCAACCUUAAUGCAGCUCACAGCACAUCAAAUCGCAGUUCAGUCUCCAUCCGGCAAAGCCUUCAGCAGGCCAGGGAAGAUUCGGUUCAGCUAGACCGAAUGCUGGAUGAAGCUGGCAUGAGAAUAACUCUUGAUGAGAAACCAGGCAGCUGUCAUGAGAUGGUGUCAGCUCUGACACUGCGUGCCGAAGAGGUUGAGAGCAGACUGGGUGUAGGGCUGAAACAGACUGACCGAGGAGGGAAAGGAAGAGCGGAGGGAGAACAGAGGGACAGAGCGUUCGGUAGGAAGAGGAUGGGCCUGCAGGUCGCCCUGAGGGAGGUGCUGGCAGCACUCGAAAAACAUGGCCUGAAGGAGCCCACACUUCCUGCAUUACAGCACAGGUUACGCUUCCUGACAGACAUGGAGAGCAAACUGCUUGCACUACACUCAGAGAUUCAGGAUCUGAGGAAUACUUGUGCACAGACAAGCACCUCAGAGACCGCCAUCAGCGAGCUGCAGACGCAAUGGGAAAACGCACACAGAGCAGUCACAGAGAGUCGUGAACAGUGUGUCUCUUUGAGCGAACUGCUGAAGAAGUUCCAGAGCUGCCGAAAUCGCUUGGGCAGCACUUUGCAGAAAGCAGAGCAGACUAUUGGUGAUCAGGCCUCUUAUAUGAGCAAAGACAACCUGCAGCUCCUGAUCAGUAAGGUGACCAGUAUAAAGUCAGAUCUCGGUGGUCUUGGGGACGGGGUGGAGGAGUUCAGAGCUGUGUGUCGACAGCUGCAGUCUCUGAUGAGAAAGGUCCCAGACUGUGCAGACGCUCCGUUUGAGAGUGAGGCUGACACCCUCAUGGACCGCUGGCUUGAUGUCACCGAGAAGGCAGACUGUCAUCUGGACAACCUACAAGCUGGCUUUUCUCUGUGGGAAAAACUCCCACUGUUGGCUGGAGAGGUGGAGGGCUGGAGCGUCCAAAAGCUGAUGACACUUGCAGAGUCACACCCCUUUCAGACAGAGCAGGAUGUUUCUGCCAUGCAGGAUGAACUCAGGAUACAAGAGGAGAACAUUGAAUAUUUCCAUCGCAGAUCUUCAGAGAUCCAGGAGCUGCUGCAGAGUCGCGAGCUCCCACUGGAGCUACAGGUGAUUGAGAGCCAGCUGAGGAAGAAGAUGGCAGAGGUGAAGGAGCUCUUUUCUGAGACCAGUGAUGUUUUUAGACAGCUGGAAGCUGCCAAGGAGAAGGUGGCAUCUGAUAUCGUAGAUCACCUGUCCUCCAUUCAGACUAUCACAAAUGCACUGACCACAUCUGAGAGCCCUCUAGACCUCAAAACAAUCCAGGGCUUAUCGGAGCAGUUGCAAGCGGAGGCAGAACAGGCAGAUGCAUUACUGCAGCAGAUAAGUCUUCUGGCCAGCAUUGCAGGUCUAGAAAACCUACAGACGCUGGCUGAAGAUGGAGCUCACCUUGGAGAAAGCAUCUGCAUGGCCAGAGAGCUAGUCAUAGAGAAGAGAGAGCAAGUAAUGAACCCAAACAGACCUAAAAAUCAAAUGGUCCAAGAGCCUAAAUACAUAAAGCCCUUGAUUGAAAAAACAGAAGAUACUGUGCCAGAGAUACAGUCUGAAUCUAAUGGUAAAACAGAGGAACAGUCCGCAACACAAGAUGAGCUGAAGGACUUCAAAGAGCAGGUCUGCAGCCGGGCCGGUGAACUGCAUCUGAAGCUUUCUGAGGAUGUGAACAGAUGGGUAACACCUGAGGGGAAACUCACAGCGGUGCAGGAUGUGUGUGGAGAGAAUAUGACUGAGGAGCUGAAGUGUGCAAUGUUAAUACAACAGAGCCACAAGGGUCUGGACUCUCUACAGUGUCAGAGAGAGGGCAGCUCGAAUGCAUUAAAGACUGUAGAACAAGUGGACGGAAACCUAACAGAGGUUGAGAAACUGUCUGAGGCCCUGCAGACAAGCUGUACUCCAGAGGGUCAGACUGCUCUCUCUCCAGAAGCUCAACCGAUAUUUGGAAAGACACCAGCCCUGAGGAAGAUCUUGGAAGACGAGAGGACUAAAGAAGGGAACUCUGAUCUAGAUCAAUGUUCCAUUCAGUGCAUCGAGCCUCAGCAGCCUGGAGUGUCCACAGAGGAGCUCCAGUCAAUUCAGGUUGCUGGUGACAGUGAAGUGGAUGACAUGGAUCAUAUGAAUGUAAAAUUCUUGACCACAAAGGAAGUUAGUGAAACAGAAGAUCUAUCACCUUCAUACCCAGGGAAGCAUCAAGGAAGCUCUGGAACUGCGAAGAAAGUAUUUACCAUCAUCCUGGAUGUUGAUACUCCUGCAUUAUCAUCAGACUGGAAUCAAUCACUGCAAGAGACACGCUGUACAGGUCCUAAAGACUCAACCACAGAUGAAUUCUCUCAUUCAGAUGUAAAUCAACAGGCAAUCUCCUCUGGUACUGAGCAACCUGAAGGCCAAAUGGCUGAGCUAGAUUUAUCUGAAGAGGCCAAUGUGAAAUCAAGUAGCUCUGAAAUACAGCCAGGACAGAAGGCAUCAAGGCUUAUCCAACCCCAAACCCCUGAGAUCAAGGAGACUGAAGUUCAAAAAGAUGAUAAAGAGAAGCAACAUGAAGUCACUGAUGCAGAAACAUCAAGCCAAAUGGAUGUUCACACUGGAGAAGGCACUGAGUCAGGGUCUGUAGUUCACCAACACGAUGUCCCAGUGUUGGAGAGCCAUGAUGAGGUUGACAAAAACACCACUGAAGCGGCUUCAAAUAAAGCAAAAUCCCUUCAAAAGCCUCCUAAAGUAGCUAAAGGUAGAAACAAGAACAGAAAACCAGCUGGUGUAAAAAAAGCAAACAAUGUCAGUAAUAAAAAGCACAACGCAUGUAAAUCUGAACAUAAGAACACAACUGACUCAGAAAGCCUUCCAACAUCUGAAGUCAGGUUGCCGGACACCAUAGACACUUCACUGACUGUGUCUUCAGACUUUAGUCAGCCAAACACUGCAAAGCCAUUGGGCACACAAGACAAACUAACAGUGGACACUGUGCAGAAAGAGACCUUGAAUCAAACUGAGACAGUGGAUGGACAUUUUGAAAAUGCUAGCUUCUCACUAGCCGGAGAUGACCAUGUUAGUACCACAGAUAGUGUGCUUUUAGCAGCAGUGGAGUCUGUGCAGUCAACACAUACAGGGGACUCCGAAUUAACCCCAACGGAUUCUUCAUCUAUUGUGACAGCUGACUGUAAAACACGAAUUCUUACCGCAGUCCUAUCAGAGUCACAGCUCGGCCAAGCUGAAGCUCGGAGGACAGAGGAUUCAGAUGGCACUUUCCCUUUGCAAUAUGAAGAAAUGCACAGAUUCAAUUCACAUCCAUCUGCCAGGAAUAAAAUGCCCCAAAACAGAGGAUCAGUACCAGACGGUGAGGAUAAAACGAGGCCUAUGGAGCAGCCUACUGGGACACAUGUGUGGGCCGUUUUACUGAACACCAUCACUAAUGUUCAGCCACUACUGGUGACCAGUCACAGUUCUGAGGAAUCUAGAUCAAGGAAAGAUUCCUUGUUUCAGAAUUCAUCGCUCUUCGAGUCUGAGAGCAGUCUGGCAUGGGCUGUCCUGUGGGUGUUCAGAUGUCGGUACCAACCGGCCAAACUCAGCAUUGCACAUAUGACUCAUCAGCUGGAAGAAGCUGAGAUCUGCCGGCAGUAUGUCUUAGAGAAGGUGGCUAGACUGCCUCAAAGUGAAUCUAGUGCAGGAUGCUCUACAAAGCCUGAGCAGACCAUAGAGGGCAGAUGGAAUACAGUACUGAUGGAAACCUCAACUAUGGUGGAGUACAAAAAGACACAGCUCCAGCAGGUCACACAGUACCACCAGCAAAAACAGGCUCUCGCAGAUACUUUACACAACCUGAACAAUGAGCUCAGCGCACUAACACAGGAUUGCAUUGAAAGCAGCACCUUGCAAGUGGAGAAGCUUAAUGCAUUCCUGAAGAACAUGCAGAAGAAGAGAGACGUACUAGAGGAGCUCCUACAGACAUGCUCUCAGAUUUCAGCCCAUCUGGGUGAGACAGAGGGACCUGUGACCUGUAUUGAACCUUUUAGGACUUUACAGGAGAGAUGGCAAACUAUGAAGCAGACUGCUUCCAGCAAACUGUGGUGUGCUAACAUCUGCACAGCAGAAGUAGCUGCACUCCUGCAAGAAGCCAGAGAGCUGCACCAUGAACUGGAGCUUCUGGAGAAGUCAGUUUCUCCGCAUCCAUCUCAAGGACAGAUGGAAAGCCAAAGCGCGCUACAAGAGACUGUGAAAACUGCAGACCUGGCAGUGUUAACGCAGCGCUACUUGUAUCUUCUUGAGGUCUCUCAGGCUCUUUCCUCAAGUCCACUUGGAAAAAAAGAGCUCAGAGAUGUGGAGGACGCAAUGCAGGGCUUGAAUUCUCAGCUUGCUCUGACUCAGGAGAACAUCAGCACUCAGACUUCAAAUGGUAAUGGUUCCUCACCGAUCAUGAGGAUUAUCAGGGACUAUGUUACAUGGGCUAAGCAAACAGAAAGCAAAGUCAGUAGCAGAAGAAGGUUGUCUCUGUUUCCUGAAGAAGCAAGUCACCAGGUCAGUCACAUGAAGAAACUGCAGUCUGAAACAUCUCGUAAGAGGUUUCAGUUGGCCUCUGUUUUGAAAGAGCUUAGAGAAGAACUUACAGGACUCAGUAAGGAGGAUCCCAUGUCACCCACCCUCGAUGCCCUAGAGGAUUUGUAUGUUAAGCUUACAGAGAAGACUGAAUGUGCUGUUGCAGAAAUGAACAGAAUGUUUCAUAUUAGAGAAAGACUGUGGAAACAGAUCACUGACAGCAGUUCUUGGUUGACCUCAGUAUUAGAAAAAGAGUCUGGUAAAACAGUGGCUUCUGAACCUAAAACUACUAUCCCAGAAUUGAGGGUUCAGCUUCAGGUGUGCACAGAGGCUUUGAAGGAUGCUGAGAGACAAGCAAAUAAUCUGGAGACUCUGUUAGAUGAAAUGAAAGAAGUGAAACACGGCCUGAAUGUACCCGAAAGCUUUCAACUCAUCAAUAGGCUAACAGCCUUACAAAAAGAGGUAUCUAGGGUUGUGAACCGUAAGUGGGCCUUGCACAGGGUGCUUGAAGAACUCAUUCAUGCUCAGGAAUCUUCUGCUGAGGAACAGAACAUCACUCUGAAGAGCUUGAGACAGAUGAAUGCUGAUGUCACGAGGCAGAAGUAUCCCGUAACAAGGGACUCACUCUUGGCUCUUGAACCUGUUAAGCACAUGCUGAUGGAGCUCCUCUGCAAAGUGCCAGAAAUUCCCUACUGUCCAGAUCCUCGGAGGAAAGAGAUGCUCAAUGCUGUGCUAGACCUACAAAGAAGAAUACAUCUGCUGGAGCUGCAAGCCAAAGAGCAUGAGGAGUACCUCAUUUUAAGGCAGCACAUGGAGAACUCCAGAGAGGCGGUGAAGAAGAGCUUGUUGCAGAUUGAAGACUCAAGUGUAGGAGAUGACGUAAGGCUCCGCUUUUGUCAGACUGUCCUGGUGGAGCUGCCUUUGGUGAGAAUGACAUGUCAAGAAGCCUCUGACCACCUUGAGGCCAUUCUUGAGGCCAUUUCGAAAGAUCUCUAUCCAUCCCAGCUGACAGCAGAAAGGCACAAAAUCCAUUUAGUCAUUGAGCAGCUAGCCUCUUGGGAGCUCACAGUAAAAAAAGAGGCUAAAACCAUUGAGUGCUGUCUGGUAGAGCGACUCGGCAGUCCGACGGACCUCAGUCCACUCACUGAGCUCUUCAACAGUGUCAGAAAGGAGCUGAAAGAAACCUUCUGCUUGGAGCCAGAUUAUAAGACCAUUGAUACACAGCUACGAAAGCACUGGAUGCUAAUCCAGACCGUUGAGUCUGUUCUAAGAAUAUUGGAGCACUAUAGGAAUGAAGAAGAUGUUGAAAGCUACCAGAUGACCAUCGAUCUCGGCCAGAAAACUCUUAAUGAUUGCGGUAUGCAUAUGGACAAGCUGCUCCAAGCUCGGGAGGCACUGAAGCAUUACCACUGGGCUGUUCAGGGUGCAGAGAGCUUCCUUCAGCAGAUUGGAUCCAGUCUCAUGAUCCCCUCUGAUAGCUUCAAAGACUACAAAGAGGAGCAUCGCUAUGUUCAACAGAUUUUCAGCACUCUGGUUACGGAUUUCCAGGCUCGCUUGUCUGACGUUGGUGCUUCUGUUCCCCAGCAGACAUGCCUCUCCAUCCCUCUAACUGAGCAGCUUCAUAUCGAGGUUUUGAGUCACCUUCUAGUACAAGAUGCCAAAUUAGAAGCUCAGGCUCAGCUCAGACUUGAGUCCAUACAGAGGUCCAUGAAAGAUCAAAUUGUGCACAUGAGUCACCAUGAAGAGCUGAAUCAGCAUCUCAAAAAUGUUGAUUCUCAAAUCUCAAAAUGUUUGAGUCAAAAACCAGCUGAUUCUGAAACCUGCCAAGAUCAACUGCUGGAAAUAAAGGUGCUCCAGACAGAGCUGGAGAACCUCUCUAAAAAGCUGGAGGAACUGAGUGAAAGCUGCCCAGGACUUCGCUGCAAAGCACCCUUGGAUCUAAUGCUGGGACAACUGUGGAGGUCUUGGGCAGUGUUGCAAUGCCGAGUGGAAUCUCUCAAAGCCAGCAUGUGUCACAAAGAAGCAGAGUGGAGAGACUUUGAGAUACGCCUGAAUAAAUCAAAGGAAGGUCUUGAGAGACUGCAGAAUGAUCUCCCAGACUCGUCUACGGUGAAGGGAUCCCUGGAGGAUCUUCAGGGUGUUCUGAGCCUUACUGAGCGCCUUCAAGAUGGGAUUGAGCAGGAGCAUCACACUUUGGCAUCUCUACAACACCAUGUGGCACGAUUGCUUGGGGUCUCAAAUUUGCAGCAGCUGAAAGUGUGUCCUCAAAUCUGUCAGGACUUGCAGUCACUACAGGAUCACUGCAGAAGUCUCAGAGAUCAGAGCAAUAACAUCCGCCGGGAGGUGCUUGUUGAGAUCCAGGAGUUGGGUCGUGUGCAGGAGGAGCUGAGUGCCAUUCAGCAGAAUGUUCUCUCUCUUUCGACGGCUUUACAGAGGGAGUCAGCUGCUCAACACUUACAGGAAGUCAAAGUGGAGUUGGUUUCACAGAAUGCUCGACUGCAGGAUGUCAUGGACAGAGUGCAGGAGAAAUGGAGCUGUGUACCCACAGAGAUUCAAAUCUUAUGCAAUGAGCUCAACGUCUCCAUGCAGGAGGCCAAAGACAAAUUGGUCAUGGUCAUCGAGAGAAGUGGUCCUCUCUGCAAAAUGGGUGAGCAGGUUGGAGAGGUGACAGUGGGCUUGAAUUGUGUGAAGGCCCUGCUGAAGCAAACAAGUCCUAAUUUUUCUGAGGCUGAACGUACACAAAAGCGCAUAUGGGAUGAGCUGGACCAGUGGCACACUCGGAUAGCUGAGCUGGAGGCUGAGGUGCAGGAUCUGGCUGAGCAGAAGCCUGAGAGGGCACACAUUCUCAUGGACAAGCUCAUGGAGCCUCUGCAGCUUUACCAGACCACAGCCAAACAGGCCGAGCAAAGGACCGCCCUCAUCAGCAAAAUCCCUGCCUGUCUGCAGGACUAUGAGGGUUUGCUCAAUAGUGCCAACUGCUGGUUGAGAGAGGCUCAGUCCUGGCUGGUCGCACCCAGAACCUACACCACUGCCAAAUGCAUCCACUCUCAUGCCAAUUCCCUCAAGAUGAUGCUGGAUGAAGCGGAGGGAUACAAGGCAGAUCUGGAGGCCUUCCUGCCUGCUCUGCUGGAGAUCACUCCAGUGUGUGACACCACCUCUCAACAACAUCUCCUCCAACUGUGUGUACAAAACAUCACACUCAUGCAGCAAAGUGUUCAGGACCCUCUCUCCCACCUUCACCACCUAGCAGCUGAGAUGGAUGCCAUUGAAGCAGAGGUAAAGGAUAUGGAGAAAAAUAUAACUAAGAUUAGAAGAAUCCUUUCAGCCACUGACACAGAGAACAUUUCUCCUGAGGAACAUCUCGAGAACAUACAGGUCAUUCUGGAUAAUGUCCAGUCCAUGAAGAGGACCAUUGAUGAGAUUGAGAGCUGCAGGCCAGGCCUAGGGCUUCCUGCCGGGGCAGAGCAGACUCUCACAGCUUUCCAUCGGGCUCAAGAGCUCCUGCAGCCCAUCCAGGAGCUACAGCAGCUCAGUGUGGAGCAGAGCACAGCGCUGAGGGCCUCUAUUGAACAACCAACUGAAAUGAUUCUCCCUGCAGACCAAACCACAGAAUUCACGAUAUCAGAUCUUUCCACUGGAGAUAUGAGAGUCUCCAUGGAAGGCCCUUACACUGAGGAGGAAGAUGAAGACAAUCAGUCUUCAUCCUCAGGAACUCUCACAUGCAGUCUUCCAGAGGACCCAGAUGAGACAAUAGCGGAGGAAGAUAUGAAGUCAGACACUGCCUCUGCUGUAAGAGAUUGUGACACUAAGGAAUCAUCUCCUGAAGAAGAUGAUUUUCCUGCAGUAAUUCAAGACGCUGACACAGGAAGUUGUUUACUGGAGCCUUCGGACUUCUCUGAAAUGCCUGGCAUAGUCAGCGGCAGACCAGUUACUGAAGAGACAAGCUCCCCACCUGCACUAACAUCCCAACAUUUGAAAGAAUUCAGCUGUCUGAAGCCUGACAGUGCAAAUAUAGAUGAGGAAAAGCAAAAUGAGUACACCAAAACCAAGUCAACUGAAGCAGUUCCAGCAAAGCUAGAAAUAUCCUCAGACACCACCUUGUUAAAAGCAAGCGAUUCCAAAGAAUUGACUGAAGAGUUUGAAUCUGAAGAUCAGAAUGAAGGAUCUGUGAACACUAAAACGGGUACAAGUAAUCAAGUGAAAACAAGGAGCCCAAAGCCACGUGACACAGAGGCAAUAAAUGUUGCUGAUGGUGAUCUGUCACAGUCUGAAGCAGGAGCUGAAGAUCAGCCUACAAAGAUGAGACGGGAUGUGUUAGAGAUUCCGGUGUCUGCGUUGAAUGUCAGUGAAUCUCAGAUGGAAGACUCAAAUAAACUCCUCAAGGACCUUUCAAGCAUCAAGAGUCUUCUAGGCGGCUCAUGGACUUUGGCACUUGAGCGGCGGAAGUCAACGGGACAGAAUAAUGUUGAGCUCCAGAGAUGUUCUAUAGCUCUUCUGGAGGGUCUGCGGGGUCUCCUGCAGCUGGGCUCUGAGCGGCUGCAGCGCAGUCAGAAUUCACAGCCACAAACCUGCAGUCAACUGCAUAAUCUGCUCACAGAACACAAGAAACACUUCCAAGAUUUGGGUCAGGGCCUUGUAAUGGUCAAGCUGCUAUACCAUAAGCUGCCAGAGGGGGCACUGCAGGGCCAAGCAGAGGUGGAGCAGUUCAUAUUAGAUCUACAGGAACAAGCACAAACUCAUGGUGUCCAUAUGCAGCACAGAUUAGAGGAGUGGUCUCGGUACGAGGAGGUCACUGAGAGACUGCGUGAGCAGUUGGAUGAGAUCGAGACAAACAUGUCCAGUCUGGGUUCAGAGACAGAGGGAGACUUGCAGUGUCAGCUGCAGUACUAUGAGAGAUUGCACAAGAUCCUGGAAGACACAAGGUCUCGGGUGUGGGAGGUCCAAGACCGAGCCAGGAUCCUACAGAAAAAGGGUUGUUACCCUGAGCGGCCUGGCCAGACUGUCCCAAAAUCACAACUGUUGUUACGCUGGAUGGAGCUUCGUAAUCAAAUACAGCAGAAGAUACAGUCUACACAGAAGAUCAGAAAGAUUUAUGACAGGUUCCAGCGUGACUCAACAGAAUUAGAAGAAUGGAUGCGUCAUGCUCAAGAACAGCUUCAGAAGUGGAACGGUUUCUCUGAUUCUGGUCUCUUAGUCUCCAGAACAGUCUGUACCCAGCUCAUGGAGUUUUUCAAGGAGCUGGAGGGCCGUUCAGCACAGAAAGCUUCUGCAGAACGUUCAGGUGCACAGAUACUGCAGCUGACUGUCAGUGAAGCUCCAGGUCUGCGCAGACGACUGGCUCAACUAGAGCAGGAAUGGAUGAAUUUGAGUAACGUCCUGCCCACUCUGCACCAGACGCAGCAACAACUGUUGACAAACCAGUCUCACAGUCAGAUCUUGGACAGCUUGACCUCCUGGCUUGAAAAUGUAGAGGGACGACUGAAAGAUGAAAGCUCUCUGAGCUCCUCUGAGCUGUCUAGACAUCUACAGGCUUUGAAGGAUCUUAAGGCUGAAAUAACCAGUCAUCAGCCAUACUUUGACUUUCUGAACUAUCAGUCUGUGGAGGGGGCGGGAUCAGUGAAUGGACCCACCAAUCGUAAUGAGCGCAUCCUGUUUGCUGAGCAGCUGGGAGCUCUCAAUAAGAGUUGGCUUAUUCUAAAGGCCAAAAUUGACAGCAAGAUACAUGAUGUUGAGGACCAGUGGCAGACCUGCACCGACAGAGAAAAGCGUUUGCGCGGUAUGCACAGCUGGAUCUCUCAACGUAUUGAAUGGGUGAAAAACAGCUGGCGACCAGAGAGCUGCUCGCAGAUUGAGCAAACAUUAAAGGAGUGUGAAGAGACAGAGAACAGGCUACAGGUGAAGUCCUCUGAGCUGAAGGCUUUGGGAGCUCUUCACCUGUUCGGGCAACAGGAUGGUGAACAUCCCGGAGAUCAAGCGUUCUCCAAGCAGGUGAAUUCAGCCAUCCAGGACUGCCAAGCUUUGAGUCAACAGAUAAAUGCUCUCAAGUCAGAUUUACAGCCAAUCAAAGAUGAAUGGGCUCACUUUGAAUCUAAAAUGAGUGCAGCAGAACUGCAAACAACCGGGGUGGUCUACAAGCUGGAGCUCUGCAGAGUUUCUGUGUUCUCAUCUGAGCAGAGCCGGACUCAUGUGGAGCACCUGCAAGAGCUUGAAAGGGAGCUGAACCAAUCAGAAACCUGGACCCAGUUAACUGAGGUGUUCUCUAACUUGAAAGACAAACUCAGCCCUUAUGCAUCUAAACUUUUGUCUGAUCGUCUCGAGAAGGAGAGAACUCGACAUCAAGCAGUGAUUGGAGAUGUGCAUGCAGAUUUACUGAAAGCCCAGAAUGCAUUGCGGUUUUGGCUGGAAUACGAGCGCCUCACAGGAGAGUGCUGUGUUCAUCUAAAUCAACACUGGGAGAGGCUUGGAGAGCUUAUGAGUUCUUCAGACAGAGAAGAAAACACUUUAGAGCUGCUCAACAGCAGGAUGCAGGCCAUCAAUGCUCUGGAGAAAGACAUACCUGCCUUGCAAAGCAUUGUGGGAGAAGUCCUGGAGGCCUCAAAGCUUCUCACUGGACAUGUGAAACCCCAGUCAGCCUCUCUAAUCAAAUCAGAAACCAGGCUGCUGUCAUGUGACCAUGAGCAUCUUUGCAAGGCACUUUCUGACAUUGGGGCACAAGUUCAGGAGGAGCUGGAGGAGCACCGCCGUUUCAGCACUGAGUUGAAGUCAAUGGAGCAAAAACUUAAAAACUUUGAGAGCAUUAUGAGCUCCCCCACUGCAAGCAUGGAAAGACUAAAGAUGGUUCUGUUAGAUCUGAGUGGGCUGAACCCUAGCCUUGCUGCUCUGAAUCAGACAAGUUUCGAACUCUUCUUAAGCUCUGAAGAGGAGGAGAGGUUACAGACCCUCAACACACAAUGGGUUCAGGUCUCCUCUCAAGCCUCAGACCGACACAGGAAGAUGUAUGGAGAGCUGCUGCAUGCUCAGAACUUCCAGCAGAAGUGCCAGAGCUGGAUGGAGCUCCUGGACACGAUCGAGGCUGGGACAUCCAAUCAGAUGUCUGGAAACUGUGCUGCUGUUAGAGAGCAGCUAGUUGCACACCAGAGGCUGAAAGUGGAGGUCCUCAUCAGCCAGCAGCUUCAGGAUGCCAUGAUCAGUGAGGCUUCACGCUUCCUGGAGAGCAGUCAGAAUGAGGACAGGAGUCAUCAGAUCCUGAGCCUCACCCAGCUAAAGACACGAUGGCAGGGGACACAGCAGAGGGUCCAGCAGCAAGACAAAUGUCUGGAAGAGCUGAUAGGACAGUGGGAACUCUAUGAGUUCGGCUCGAGGAAACUUUCAAAGCUACUCGGACACAUCGAAGAACUUGUGCCACCAGCAGGACUGGCUCCGUGCAGCUUACAGCAACUCAAAUACUCUAUAAAAGACUUUGAGUGGACCGAGGAGCAACUACAGCUUCAUGAAGAACUGUACAGGCAGACUGUGGCAGCAGGAGGACAGAUCCUUCCGCUUUCAGAUGCGCAGACGCAGACAUGCCUUCAGACCGAACUGGAUGCGCUCAAGGAGAUGUGGGAGCAAAGCUGUGGCCUUGUGGGGAAAAGAAAGGCUCUUGCAGACACAAUAACUCAUAACUGGAUGCUCUGUGAAACUGGCCUGGCUGAGAGUGCUCUCAAACUGGAAGAGAUAAAAGCAAGACUGAAGAGUCCACUGCCACUGAAGAUAGAAAAUCUAGAAAUACACAUGCAGCUCAUCAAGGAGGACGAGGACUCGCUGCAGAUUUGGGCUGGAGGACUGAAAGAGUUGACCACCAUGAAGGCAGACGUGUCUCAGUAUGUGCUGCCCACAGACACCAUGCUGCUCCAGGGACAGGUGGAAGAACUUCACAGCCAGUGGGAAGAACUGUGCUUGAAGGUGUCACUUCGCAAGCAGGAAAUAGCUGAUCGCCUGAACGCCUGGAUCAUCUUCAAUGAUAAAAACAAGGAGCUCUGUGAUUGGCUGAUGCAGAUGGAGAAAAAAGUGGCACAUAGGGGCGAAAACCUUAGUAUCGAGGAAAUGGUUGAGAAACUUAAAAAGGACUACAUGGAGGAGAUUAACCUCUUCAGCGAGAACAAGAGCCACCUCAAGCAGCUGGGCGAGCAGUUUCUAUUGGCCAGCGACAAGGCUAAGGAGGCCGAGAUCCACGGGGUCUUGCAAGAUGUCAACGACCGCUGGCACCACCUGUUCGACAACAUUGAGGCCAGGGUGAAAAAUCUGACAGAAACGCUGGGGAAAAUGCAGCAGUUGGAUAAGAACAUGAAAAACCUUCGCUCUUGGCUCACUCACAUUGAAGCUGAGCUGGCCAAACCCAUUCACUACAGUAUCUACCACAGAGAUGAGAUCCAAAGGAGACUGGCUGAGCAACAGGACCUGCAGCGUGACAUCGAGCAGUACACAGAGAGAGUGGCAUCUAUGCUCAACCUGUGUGACAUGGUUCUGCGUGAGGAUGCCUGCAGCAGCGAUGGAGAGAAUAACUCAAUCCAGCAAACCACACAGCGCUUGGACCAGCGCUGGAGAAAUAUCUGCUCCAUGUCUCUGGACAGGAAACUUAGGAUUGAAGAGACAUGGAGGCUGUGGUGCAAGUUUCAGGAGGAUUACUCUUCCUUUGAGAACUGGCUGAACGUAGCAGAGCGCUCCGCUGCUGAACCCAAUUCAUCAGACGUCCUGUACACUGAUGCCAAAGAGGAACUCCAGAAAUAUGAGAUUUUCCAAAGGCAGGUACAUGAGAGCCUGACCCAGCUGGAGUUUAUUAAUAACCAGUACAGACGACUGGCAUGGGAGAACCGCGCCGAUGCAGCCAGCAGACUCAGGGCCAUGGUGCAUCAUGGGAACCAGCGAUGGGACACGCUCCAGAGGAGGGUGGCUGCAAUACUGCGCAGACUCCGACAUUUCACAAGCCAGAGAGAAGAGUUUGAGGGAACCCGUGAAAGCCUCCUUAUCUGGCUGAAUGAGAUAGAACGCCAGCUAACCAAUGUGGAGAACUUCUCAGAGAGCCAUGUCCAAGACAAGAUGAAACAGCUGAAGAGUUUUAAGAAGGAGAUCACUCUGAACACCAACAAGAUUGACGCUCUGAUCGUGUUUGGGGAGGGUCUGAUUCAGAGGAGCUGUCCUCAAGACGCUGUUGAGAUAGAAGAUGAGUUAGAGGAGCUGCACACGUACUGUCAAGAUGUGUUUGGCAGAGUCGCCCAAUUCCACCAGCGCCUCACCAGUCUCCGUCCGCUGCAGGAGCAGCUGGACGUCUUUGAUGGUGGACAGUCCAGAGGGACACAGGGCACAGUCUCCUCCAGCCAGCCCUCCAUGUGUCUGUUACCGCCACCUCAGGAGCGCUCGGGCCGUGACACUCCCAUGAGUGUGGAUUCCAUCCCUCUGGAGUGGGACCACACCGGGGAUGUUGGCGGCUCUUCUUCACACGAUGAGGAAGAGGAUGCUGCUUUCUUCUCUGCCCUGUCAGCACAGAAUUGGCACUUUCAAAACCCGCCUGAAAGGAAAUCCUUCCAGCUGGAAUCCUCCUCACCUGCACAUGCCAGCACACCUUUUAAACAAGGCUACGUCCAGCUGAUGUCUGAGUGCAGCGGCAGCAUUAAGAGUGUGAAGCGGGUUUCUAUGAUCCUGGAUGAGGAGGAACAGCAGGAGGAACAAGGCCUCACUGGCCUCAAGACUGCAGGCAAGCAGUCAGGAGUGAUUGAGCGCUGGGAGCUGCUGCAGGCUCAAGCAGUUAGUAAAGAGCAGUGCUGCACCAGAGACCCCCAGCAGCUGACCUCUGACCUGCACGACAUCACUUCCUGGCUGGACCGGGUCACCCCUGAGCUGGACAGCCUGCAGAAGCCUGAGACUGCCGUCAGUGUCGAAAUCUUAGAAGAGAGGGUCAAACAACUUAAAGACAUGCAGAAGACAUUUGCUCGCUACAAGACCUUGAUGCUGUCUCUGAACCUGGGUGCUCGAGAGCUGCAGCAGGGAGCUACAGAAGGAGCACCUGAGCUUCAGCAGGGUCUGAGCACCAUGAAUCACCGCUGGACAGAAGCUUGUGCGGGACUAGAGGGGUGGGAGGACAGUCUGCGCACUACCCUGGGACGCUGUCAGGAGUUCCACGAGACGGUCCACUCUCAACUGCUAUGGCUGGCCCAUGCAGAGAGCAGACGCUACACCGUGAACAUGAACGACCCUUCUGUGCAGCCCUCCGUGCUUCAGGAACACAGGAACACCCUGAAGGAUCUGGCAGAGGAGCUGCAGGGCAGACAGAAGCGGGUGAGCUCCCUGCAGGAGAUCGUCUCUGAGCUGCUCCCUGAGGCUGGUGGGGAGGACAGCGCUGAAGCCCGGGAAAAACUCCACGUCAUUGGAAGCAAACUAAGACUACUGUCACGUCAAGUCAACCAGGAUCUCCAGAUGAUUGAAGAGAGAUUGGAGUCCACAACCCGAUGCUUCAGGAGACAGGAAAUCAACACAAAGCUCUGGGUCAGAGCGUGAGCCGUCACCUCAGCGCUCGUUCUUCUAUCGGGUCCUGCGAGCGGCUUUCCCUCUGCAUCUCCUGUUCCUCCUGCUGUUGGUUCUGGCCUGCUUGGUCCCUUUUUCUGAAGACGACUACAGCUGCACCUUUUCCA